CUUUCUAACAGUGCGCACAGAGGAGAGAGGCUAACGGAGGCUUUUUAAUGUGUGAGAACCCGGACAACAAACAACGAGGGAGUCCCGCUGCGGAUCAUUUCAACACCUGGACUCAAAGUAAACUUUCUGAAAGUAAAAUUACCAGAUUUGAAGGUUAAAGUCAAUCGCCUUUGCGAUUCUCCUCGUGCGCACUCGCGACGGAUUUAAGUCUUCAAUGCCCAAAGAGUGCAGGAGAAAGAGCUCCAAGGACUUCGGGCUUUCUGGGACUGGAAUCAAUGAGGGCUCGCGGUUAGAGCGAAGAACAGCCGGGAAGGCAUCUCACACGUGCGAUGAUCUCGUUGAGAAAGCCGCUCAAAUCGCCGCGUCGUCCGCAACCGGUGCGCCGACUGUGAUGGAUGCGCCCCGGGUACCGCAGGUCACCAUCACCCCGGAGAGUGGCGGCUCCUCCCGGGAGAUGCAGCAAGAGGACUGGGAUGAUGCGGUGGACUGCAACCUGCGCAGGAAACUGUCCAACUCCUCCAUCUCCUCCACGGGGUCCUCUGCUGUGGAGUCCGAGGAUGACUUACUCAGCGACAACGAGAGCAAAAGCAAAGGCAUCAUCACUUUGGAGCAUCUGGUGGACACCGUAGAGAGCAAGGCGUGGUGGAAGUUGAAGACAAUCGUCCACUGGCCCUUGGGUGUUACGCAGAGGAGAAAGCUGAACUGGGUUCAGCUAGCCGGGCAUAAAGGUAACUUCAAAGCAGCAGGCGAGGGCAACAUCCUGAAGAAGUUCUCCGAAAACGAGAUGCGGUGUUUUGAGAAGCUGAGGGAUGAUGCGCUGCUCCCAUUUGUGCCCAGUUACCAUGGCACUGUGGAAAAAGAUGGAGAGUGUUUCCUUCAUAUGGCUGACCUGCUGGUGAACUUUGACCUUCCCAAUGUCAUGGACUGCAAGAUGGGAGUGAGGACGUACUUGGAGGAGGAGCUUGUUCGGGCGAGGGAACGACCCAAGCCGAGGGAAGACCUGUACACGAAAAUGAUGGAGGUGGACAGCGAAGGCCCAACUCCCCAAGAGCAUUCCCAACAAGGCGUCACCAAGCCUCGCUACAUGCAGUGGAGGGAGACCAUCAGCUCCACCAACACCCUGGGCUUCAGGAUAGAAGGAAUCAAGAAAUGUGACGGUACGUGUCGGACUGACUUCAAGAAAACCAGGUCGAAGAACGACGUCACCCAGGUGUUCAAGGACUUUGUCGGAGGGAACGUCAACAUCACAAAGUCUUACCUGAGCAGACUGACGGAGAUCCGACAGGCCCUGAAGACAUCACAGUUCUUCAUGCAACACGAGGUCAUUGGCAGCUCUCUCCUCUUUAUCCACGAUCACACCAGCAAUGCACAGGUCUGGAUCAUUGACUUUGGCAGGACCACGGCGUUACCAGAGGGCCAGACGUUAAGCCAUGACAUUCGCUGGCAGGAAGGCAACCGGGAGGAUGGCUACCUGUUGGGGCUGGAAAACCUCAUCCACACUCUGGAGUCUGUAAGCAAUAAAGUGACAGCCGAAGAAACUGUUUGCUCAGUUGCUAAAGAAACAGAUUGUCAGUGACCUUUGACCUGUAGAUGGAUGAAAAGAAGUCAAACUAUUUUUAACACCACAGAGAGGUGUUAAAAAUAGGGAAAUUUAAUAAAUGUUGAUGUGCUUUGUGUGAUGGAUGAUAAAUGUUAAAAAUGUGCAGAAAUGAUACGAAAAAAAGCCUAAGAGCAGCUUUAAAAAAGCCACUGACAGAAAAGACACAAUAGACACUGAACAGAGAAGCAGAUAGUUUGUCGCUAGUUACUGAACGAUUGAGCAAAUGAACUGACACUAAUUCAACUUCCUAUAAAAUGAACAGAAGUGAAAGUGUAAGGACUCUGCAUUUCAGUUUCAGGGACGGGCUUGUUCCAUGUGAAGGAAAUGCUCAUGAAAUACGAAUUAAAGCAAGGAGAGAGUCCUCAGUCCUCCUUAUUACGAUCUAACCCUCAGCUCUGACAAUACAUCUGUAGGUGUAAUAUUACAGAAGUAAUUCAGUGCAGUAUGAAGCUCAAAGACCUCACAGUCAUAUAACUACAACACAAAUAUAGUACUGCAUACUGUAUAAUUGUUAGUGUAUUAUUAUUAGUGUCACUGUUUUGACAAACUCUUUUAUUGUAUAUCAAUUUAUAUUUCUUUCACUGAUUUUGUUCCUGUAAUCAAACUUGUUAUAUAGCACCUUUUUGGGUCUUUUUCAGAGAUGUUGUGCAAAUGAAAUAUAUGAAAAUGUACGAGAAUUAAAAUGGGCAAGUACUGUU